AUGGAUACAAUAGGCAUACAAAAUCCAAAUCCUUUUAGCUCGCAAUCUCUCGAGACGGCGCGAGAUAAUGCUCCAUUUAUGGUGUCCAUCGGGCAGGCCAAGAACACUCUCCUCGCGCUCGGUGACCCCACACGAUCUUAUCAGAUCUGGCACCCCUUCCUCCCGUCAAGCUUGCCAGAACACUCGUUCCCCCAUGCACAAAUCCUCAAAACAAACGCUUCCAUAGCAGCCCCACCAUCACACCGACAUCAUGCACGCACGAAUCACGAAGCUGCAACCUGCAGCGUGUGCCUGGACCGCGGCCGUGCCGGGCCCAAGUUUACCCACACCGAUCGUGGCAUUCAGGAAAAGAAGAAAAUAAUGACAGAUAGGGGCGUUCAGAAGGAAGUUAUGAAAGGCUCGCAAGAGCGCGUUCGUGGGCAGCGAGAGACAUGUGGCGAGAUGUGUAUGGUUGCUGUUUGUUUGGGAAUGCUGGGCAAUCCUGGGGUAAGGCGCCGGGAGGAAGGGCAGGAUGUGAGAGGGGCGGAUGACGCAGCUGUUGAUAGGAGGCGUGAAACGGAGCGAAUGCAGAGAACAGCGAGUGAAUGA